GCCUACUUCAGCUGAGGAAAGAUUUCAGUUUUGGAGGUAGCAACUCGAUAUCAUGGCCAGCAGCCCUAGUGAAGAUGCAGAAGGAAGCAGAAUCACUUAUGUAAAAGGAGACCUUUUUGCAUGCCCCAAAACAGACUCUUUGGCCCACUGUAUCAGUGAGGAUUGUCGAAUGGGUGCUGGGAUAGCUGUACUCUUUAAGAAGAAAUUUGGAGGGGUGCAGGAACUGGUAAAUCAACAAAAGAAAUCUGGAGAAGUGGCUGUUCUGGAAAGAGAUGGGCGAUGUAUAUAUUACUUGAUUACAAAGAAAAGGGCUUCACACAAGCCAACUUAUGAAAACUUACAGAAGAGUUUAGAGGCCAUGAAGUCCCAUUGUCUGAAGAAUGGAGUCACGGAUCUCUCCAUGCCCAGGAUUGGGUGUGGUCUUGAUCGUCUGAAAUGGGAAAAUGUAUCUGCAAUAAUUGAAGAGGUGUUUGACGAAACAGGCAUCAGAAUCACUGUGUAUACACUCUGAACAGAUGAGCGUUUUGGAUGUGUCUGCGUUUUCCUGUAUCAUCCCUACUGGGCUAUAUGACUGGGCAAAAUGACCUUAAAAAUUGUCAGAGGAAAGUUUCAUGUGAAGUUGUGUGUGUCACAGGCCAUGGUUAAGUUUCUGUAUUUCCAUGAUUGGACUGGUACUCUGGAGGAGAGAUUGCUUGGGAAAUGUUGCUGUGAUUUUUCUCUUUUCUUUUUUUUCUUUUUAGGAAGGUAGGUAAUAAAUAGCCUGAUAAUAGUUGGGGAACCAGAUAUUGGGCCAGAGGACCCCGUUUUGUUCCAGGAUGCUACCUGAUUUGUUUGGCUUGUCACUAGGUGGCAGCAUUGAUUCUACUCUACUGUUUUCAGAGAAAUUUCAGGAAGGAUGAACAUUUCAGUUAAUUUUGCAUCUUUUGGCAUUUGUGCAUUUACUUAGUGUUAUCCUUAUGUCAUCAGAUUUAUCCUAGGAGAGAAUUUUGAGGGUUUUUUUGUUUGUUUAAAUUACAAAAGCAGACUGCUUCAACAUUGUUAACAAGGUAUUUGUAGAGACCCCAAAAAAUCAGAAAAUAAAUAUUUUUU